UAUAUGUACAUAUGUUAGCUGUAGCUUAAGCAAUGUCCAUAAUUGGACAAAACACACGUGUUGCCUGCAUCAAAAUAUCGAACGACUUCGAUUGGCAUCUAAUGGAAAACAACAAAAUUGCGUGCGAAGCAAAACAUCAGCCCCCCACCGAAAUUGACAUUGGAAUUGUGAAGAUAGAAAAGGACACGAUUCCAGAAUUUAAUAUCGCCGAGAAGAUGGAGUUGCACUGGGAGGAGACACACCAAAAGGAGCAUCAGACUAAAACAAUUCACAGAGGUCAAAGAAUGGUAAACUGGCGGGAAGCAGAAGUAAAUUAUCUGAUUGAUUUGAUCAAAAGCCAUUCCUAUGUUUGGGAUACUUCAGUGCCUGACUUUAAAAAGAAACAUUUGAAAGCCCAUUUUUGGUAUCUGGCUGCCGACAAAAUAAAUGGAGCCCUAAAACCACGGACUCCAUUUACUCGAAAUGAUUGCUUUAAGAAAUGGAACAAUUUACGAACAUAUUUCCAAGCGGAUCUCAAAUCCGUUAAGACCAAAAAUAACGGUAGCCUUUCCGACGCAGAGGACCAUUUGGCUGGAGGCUGGAAAUACAGUUCAAGAAUGAGUUUUUUGCUAGGUUGCCGGCCGCCGCAACCAACGUUCAACCAUAUUGAUCAUUCUGUUUUUGAAACGUCGGCCAGCUUAUCAGAUUCAAAUGGAGAAAUGGAAUCUGAAAUGGGAUCCGGCGAACCUUGUGUAGUGCUCGAACCGCUAGCUCAAGAUACUCAGGAUAAUGAGUUUAAUCGAUCGAAUGAGAAUUUUGACGAUGUGCUCGAAUCCAUACCGGAAAGACCGCAGGCCAAACGUAAAAGAAAGCCAACAGAAAUGACUGAAAACGCAUUGCUCCACAAAUUGUCGGGCGUUACGUCAAACCAAACGAGUAGGAAACAGGAACCGCCAUCUAAUUGCUACAGCAGAUAUGUUGGUCAGUGCUUAGAUAGGCUGGAUCCGGAUCUUAACUUGGAGGCAAGAGAAAAAAUAUGCGAAAUCUUAUUUAGAUAUGAAAGAGUACAAUUGGAGCGACAAUAGACUGAAUACAAUUAUUUUGUUUGCAUCAAAAUAUGUGUAACUAGAAUUUAAGUAGUCAUUAAACAUAAAGUUAAACAUAAUGCUCCCUCACAAAUUGAGAACUAGAUUCAGUUAGGCUUAGGAUUGACCAUUGAAUUGAAAGCCAACUAUUGAUUCAUUCUCUGUAAUUUACAAUAUGUCAUUCAUUCGUAGUUCUCCAAGCUCCUUUAAAGGGAAUUAUAGUAAUAUUAUUGAUAGCUAUAUAAAAAAUAACGAGAUAUAUCUUAUGAGUAGUUUAUAUAACU